AUGGCUGCCGCGCCGGCACUUGUUGGCGCGGCGGAUGUGGAAAGUCGCGACGAAGACGAUUUCCUGCUCCCAGUUCUGCGCGGAAAGCAGGAGAGAAGAGAUGUGCCAAAAGCACUCGACGUGGACGAGGAUGGCUCCGGUGAGGAGUGCAGUUCAUGCCGCUCUCUGUGUUCCCGCUUCCGCUUGAUCUGGUGUGGCCUCUUUAGCAUGGCCGUCGGUUUCAUGGCCGCUGGUUUCUUGAGGCCGCAGAUCGGGAUUCAGGGAGGUUCGUUCACUCCAAGGACGCUGGCCUGCCCUGUGCGGGAGCCACGUUCGCCGGAGUCGGUGCAGCCACCAGCCGCCGGCGUCGUGGAGCUCGUGGGUUUCAGCAAGGCAUGGUUGGCAGGAGCCAAGGGCUUUGAGGCCCCGAUCUUGGUGACUGGUGGCGCUGGCUACAUCGGAAGCCACAUGAGCCUAAUGCUCUUGGAGAGGGGCUUUGACGUGGUGGUAGUUGACAACCUCUCGCGGGGAAACAUGCUGUCGGUUCGUGUCCUGCAGGCUGAAGCCUGCAAGCUGGAACGUUCGCUGGCCUUUGCUAAUAUUGACCUGGGGGCCUAUGACCAGCUGCUUUUGCUUCUGAAACGUGUGAAGCCGAAGGCGGUCUUGCACUUUGCGGGCAACGCGUAUGCCUCCGAGUCCAUGGAAAAGCCGCUGCUGUAUUACCAGAAUGUCACCGAGAAUUCGCUGAACUUGCUGAGGGCCAUGGCAGGGGCGAGAGUUGGAAAGAUCAUCUUCUCCUCCUCCUGCGCCACUUACGGCAAUCCCAGUAAAGAGCAGGUUCCGGUCACAGAAAUGCUGGAGCAGAAACCCAUCAGCAUCUAUGGGCAAAGCAAGCUCAUGGCGGAAAAGAUGAUCGCCACUUGGGUCGGCUUGGGUGCCGAAGGGCGCUGCGCAACCAUCUUCCGCUACUUCAACGUCUAUGGCGCCGACCUGCAGUCAAGACUUGGACCUGUACUGCGAGGCCCUGAGUUGAGGCAGUACAGCCGCCUGCCCGACGCACUGAUGGAAGCAGCACUUGGCUUGAGAAGAUCCAUCCCCAUCUUCGGGGCAGAUCUGCCUACUCGUGACGGGACCGCCGAGCGGGACUACAUACACGUCUGGGAUUUGGUGGGUGCUCACAUGGUUGCGUUAGCAGCGAUGUUGGCGAAAAGUGUUCAGGGAAAGCAAUGUGUGUCAGAUGUCUACAACCUUGGAACUGGGACCCCGGUCUCCGUGCGGGAAAUGCUCACUGCGGUAAAGGCCCUCUUUCCGGAAGCAAACUUCACGGUCGACAUGAAGCCGCCUCGUUUGGGCGAUCCGGUUUCCAUCUAUGCGAACCCCAGCAAAGCACUGGCAGAACUGGGAUGGCAAGCCAGCAUCAAGAAUACCACCGAAGCACUGGCAACCUCUGCACGCUACUUGCGAAAACAUGCAGCCUACUUCCGCCUUGACAAGAAGCGGGCGCCGCCCCAUGGCGGAGCAUCCUCGACCUGGCGGGGCCCGGAUGCAUCUGCCGCUGUGCCGGCACCUCCCCCGACUCCUUCUCUGACUCCUUCUGCUACUUGGACUCCUGCGCCCAGCACUCCAGGUGAGUUGUACAGAUCGCGCUACCGAGAUCCGGGCAACCCCUAUCAAGCCGGCGACAUGCCAAAUGCCACACUGAACUCCAGCCCCUGGGUGGUCCAUCGCUUUUCCACGCCCUCGGCGUCGCCCCGCAUGUGCUUGCAGGUUGUCACGAUCCCAUCGGUGACGGGAGGCUACUUGCCAAAGACCUUUCACCUUCUGCGCGAGUACUGUCGGAGGCACGGCUACGACCUCUACGCUUUGACAGACAAGCUGGGUGAGACGAGAAUGGCCUCCUGGCUCAAGAUCCGAAGCGCGCAGGCCGGGACGGGGGGCCGGGACACGGCUCAGCUCUCCGUUCUUUCACCUUAG